UCCGUAGACGGAAAUAAACGUAUGCCGCGCGUGGCAUCGGUGUCACAGGGCGAUCCUCGUGCGUGCGUGCGUGCGUGCGUGCGUGCGUAUAUAUCACGCGACGUGUGUACGAUAUCCGGCGAUCGCUUGCAUUUGCUCCGACUCGCCAGGAUGCAGUGCGCCUCGUCGGAAUGCGGAAUAAAUUUCUGUCGUGGCUAAAUACACGGAAACAGGAUCAAUCUACCGAUUGAUACUCCUUGAUACCCGGAAUAAGUGAAUAAGACUACCGGCGGUUUGCAGAAAUACUUGAGAGCGCUUAUCACACAAACUCUCCAAACACAACAGAUGUAUCCGCAUGUCGUCGAGAUGGACUUGUCUUGGUCUCGUUAAAAAUCGCUCGUACGUCCGGAGUUGCUGAGAGGUCGACAACGAGAGUGUCUUACGCGACGCGAUAAUUUGACGUGAUCGUGCCGGCCGAAUGGGGUAAUUGUCGACGGAGGAAACAGAAGAGUGAUGGCACGUCGAGGUACGAUUCAUCUCGACGUGCAUGUGCACGUGUGACUUAGCAGUGCCGAAGUGUGAGGGAAGAUUAGGAAUCGUGUCGGCGUGGAUCAUCGUGACGUAACUUGACUUGGCUUGGCAAACCGACUCCAACGUUACGAUUCGUAUGCACAAGAAGCUCCUUGCAAUCUGUCAGGCGAAAAACGGGAUUACGGAUGUGACGAUAGGAUGACGCGAGAUCCGCAACGACGGAGAGAGCAUUCUCGCGCUAUAAAUCAGUGGAUCGCGAGAAUGAUCCUCCAAAUUCUGUUAAUACAGAAUUUUGUUAUAUUUAAAGCCUUAGCUCAGAUAGCCGAAUGUCCGCCGUCGGAGACAAUUCCGGGCUGUCCUUGCUAUAACUUUGAAGACGGUCUCUUUCUAGAAUGCGCUGGCGCUACGGAAGAAACUCUAAGAACCACAUUACAAAGCGUGUUAAGUAUAAGCGGUACGGGCACGAUGGUGCAGUCAUUGAGCGUUUACGAGCUUGACAAGAGCAUCGAGGAACUGAGAGAAGACGCUUUUCCGCCCGGAUCGCAAAUCAGGCAUCUUCAGAUAUCGCAUUCAUCCUUACGGGAAGUAAGCGAGGGCGCCUUCACGAAUCUGAAGGAUAGCCUGGAAUCUUUGGCACUAGUUUCCGGUCGCUUACCUCACGUACCUCAAAAGUCAUUGGCCGAAUUACGGAAACUCGCUGCUCUAGACCUCGAGACGAAUUUGAUACAAGAUCUAUCGUCCUACUGCUUUUACGGUUUGAAGCUAAUGAAGUUGACCCUGAAGGGUAAUCAAAUAUCGAAAAUUUCCGAAUACGCAUUUGCGGGUCUCGAAGACAGUCUGAGCGAUCUGGAUCUAGCCGAAAACAAGUUGAAGCUGUUUCCAAUGGCUCCCAUGAGAAGACUCGAGAGCCUGGUUUCGCUCAGGCUUGCGUGGAACGAGAUAUCGGAACUACCCGACGACGGUUACAGCCUUCUUAGCUCCCUGCUGAUUCUCGAUCUGAGCAGCAACAAUUUUGAGAAACUGACCGAAGAUUGCUUCAGGCCCUGUCGGAUCCUUCACACUCUUCUCUACUACAACUCCAUCGAGAGUAUUCACAAGGACGCCUUCGUAUCGUUGAAGGAUCUAGAAUCGAUCGACUUGAGUCACAAUAAAAUUGUUUUCCUCGACGUGGCAACAUUUAAGGGAAACGAACGGCUGCGCACGAUCGAGCUCAGUCAUAACCACAUUCACUACAUCGGCGGUGUAUUUGCGAGACUACCCGAGCUGAGGGAACUUUAUCUGGCGGAAAACAAUAUUCUUGAGAUCCCGGGAGAUGCGUUCGCCGGCAGCGUCAGUCUUGCAGUGGUGUAUCUGCAGCAGAACGCCAUUCGAAGGAUCGACGCCAAGGGUCUCACGAGUCUCACGCAGCUGGCCCAAUUGCAUCUGAGUAAUAACUACAUCGAGAAGGUGCCGCGGGAAUUCCUCGAGCACUGCGAGAACCUCUCGUCGCUCUCUCUGGAUGGUAACAAGAUUCGCGAGUUACAACCGGGCACCUUUGUCAAGCUGCAUCAGCUGCGCGAGCUGCGGUUACAGGAUAAUCAUAUAACGGAAGUGAAGCGUGGCGUUUUCACACCGCUUCCGGCGCUCCUCGAGCUCCAUUUGCAAAACAACGCCAUCACUGCCAUGGAGACGGGCGCGCUAAGAACGCUGAAUAGUCUACAGCACGUUAAUCUACAGGGCAAUCAAUUGACUAUGCUUGGCGACGUCUUUCAGCUAUCCGCCUCGGAGUCAUCUUCCGGCGGAAGCUCUUUGGUGUCCAUUCAAUUGGAUAGCAAUGGCCUGGCGGUGCUGCAUAACGAUUCUCUGCGCGGCCAAGCGUCCGUCAGAAUCAUGUGGCUUGGUCACAACAAGUUAACACAUCUCCAAGCGCCCCUCUUCAGAGAUCUCCUUUUAGUGGAGCGUCUUUAUCUGACGAACAAUUCUAUAUCCAGAAUCGAGGACGCCGCCUUUCAACCGAUGCAGGCUUUGAAAUUCCUCGAGCUCAGCAUGAACAAGCUGAGUCACGUAACGGCAAGGACAUUUUCAGAACUGCAUGAACUCGAGGAACUAUAUCUACAGAAUAACGGUUUGAGAAGGCUCGAUCCUUUCGCGUUGACGGCGCUCAAGAAACUCAAAGUACUGGAUCUGGCGAACAAUUAUCUCACCGUUUUACAAGAUGCAAUUUUUCAAGAGGAUCUGCCAAUCAGAACGUUGAAUUUGAAGAACUGCUCAAUAACCAUGAUUGAAAAUGGCGCCUUUCGCGGACUCAAUAACUUGUUCGAUCUUAAUUUGGACGACAAUUUUCUCACAGCGUCGGCGCUAUUGCAUUUGCAUAUCCCCAGUCUUCGGACAUUGGCGGCAUCCGGCAAUAAUUUCAGUCAGAUCACGGAACAGUGUUUCAAUGGGCUGCCGGCUCUACAAGAGCUAUUACUGGACGAUUCGCAAAUAAGCCAGCUGCCGGAGAUUAUCUUUCUGCUGAAUCUGAAUCUCGCCCGUUUACAUUUAAAUCGUAAUCAUCUGCGUACUCUGCCACCGGGCAUCUUUGACAAAUUGCUAUCGUUGCGAGAAAUACGUCUGGAUCACAAUCGAUUCCAAGACAUUCCAUACUCGGCGCUAUCGAGUGCCCUUAAUCUCGAAAUUCUCACACUGUCCACCAACGAAGUUAUCAACGUCGAUGUGGCCAGUUUCGCCAGCUUAAAGCAUCUGAGAGAACUGGAUCUGAGUCACAAUAAAAUCGAAACAAUGUCGGGCUUUGCGAUGGCCAAUUUAUCACGUUUGAUAUCCGUGGAUCUCAGUAACAAUAAUUUAAAUGCGCUACCGGCGAAUUUCUUCUCGCAUUCGUCUUUGUUGCGAAGAGUCGAUCUAUCGGAAAAUAAAUUUCGGCAAAUACCCGCGGUGGCUCUCUCGGGUCAGAACCUGCCCGGUCUUGCAUGGCUAAAUCUCACUCGAAAUCCUUUAAAUAAAAUCCACGAUCUGCCAUCGGAGGCAAUGUAUCCUAUACUUCAGGAAGUGCACAUAUCCGGCACGAAUCUCAGUAUAGUAACCUCGCAAGAUUUCGAGGCCUUCCCGGCAUUGUUGCAUCUUUAUUUAGGGCAGAAUUGCAUUCUUCGAGUAUCACCGGGCGCUUUUCGAAGCCUGCCGAAUCUACUCACUCUCCAUCUCGGCAUGAACAGUCUAGAAAUCCUGCCAAAGGAGAGGCUUCAGGGUAUGGAACACUUGCGCAUACUCAAUUUAACGCAUAACCGUCUGAAAGAGCUCGAGGAGUUCCCGGAAGAUCUCAAAUCACUUCAAAUACUGGACCUGUCCUACAAUCAGAUCGGCAUCGUCGGCAAAGUGACGUUCAAGAAUUUAAUUAGCCUGGUCGAGCUGCAUCUUUACGGUAACUGGAUAAACGCCAUCUCCAGCGAGGCAUUUAGACCCCUGAAGAAGCUACGUCUACUUGACUUGAGUAGAAAUUACUUGGAGAAUUUGCCACUGAACGCUUUCAGGCCACUUGAGACGCAAAUAAGAAGCCUGAGAGCUGAAGAGAACCCCUUACACUGUGGCUGCGAAUCGCAAGAGUUGUGGGAAUGGUUGAGGGACCAUCAGAAAUUGGUGAGUGGAGUCGGUGGAGGUCGUAGCCGCGGAAGAAAUGGCGUCGGAGUCGGUGACGUCGAGGGCGGUUUGUUAAGAUGCGAACAGCCGCCCGAGCUGCGGGGUCUCGUCUUCCUCGAUCUUGACCCCCACGCCUUUUGUUCCGCUCCGCUGGUCUUGAAACUCGCAAUUCAGGACAUCCAGCCCUUUUCCGUUCUGGUAUCGUGGCAAAGCAGAAAUCAUUCCGGCCUCCAUGGAUACCAAGUGGCAUAUCAUGCCUUGGACAAUGUCGAUGAGGUACGAGGUAAACUGCUGGAUCCAAAGGCACGUUCGGUAAGAUUGACAAAGUUGGCGUCCGAUACGCGAUACCUGAUUUGCGUACUCGGCUUAGGCAGCUGGGGUACGCCGAUACCGGAGGACAUCGGUUCCUGGCAAUGGAAUGCCACACACGACGACGUGAUCGAAGGAUCCUCGCUGCCCGUGAUGGUGAAUUCACCUACGAGCCGGUGCACCGAGGUCAGAACUUUGGACGCGCCUGAUUCGAUAGUGGGCGAUGGUACGGUGAGCGAUAGAGGCAGUCUGGCGAGUAUCCUCACGAGACGACUAGGCCUGAUCGUAGGCAGCUGUAUGGGCUUCGUCGUUUUCGUGGUGCUGAUUUCCGUUCUGGGUUACAUGAAGAUGAAGAAGCAACGCGCGACGAUUAAGCGAGAUCAGCCAUUGUCCUCGAAUCCACCAGAGUACAUGUCUUACAGGCACUUCUCCUUACAGAGCGGUGACAGGGCAGAGAACGCGUGUCCGAGUUUCAUUAGCAACAUCGGGCCGCCGCCUCUCGGCUCGUAGCAAAAGGCGAAGGAGUCUCGUAAAGAGACCGCUCAACAUGACAUUGAGCUGAAAACCGUGUCGACUUGCACCAGUAUCUACAGCUAAUAAUCGCGCGAGCGGAAGAGAGACGUGACAAGAAACAAGACGACCGUGUGUGGCAUCGGGCCUUCAAACUAUUAGCACCAUAAUCGUUUCGAGUAAUCAUAUGGGAAACCGUCGAUUAUAUCGGUUACAUCGUGGAACGAUGUGCGAUGAUCGUGAUAACUUUAUUCCGGCCGUCACGACGGCCGAUCGACGUAAUCUCUUUUAUUUGGCGUACAUAAUCUAGGUAAGACACUGACACACACAUAAUAUCCGACUUUUUGUAGCAAAUGAUCAAAAGACAGAACUGCGCCAAUUGGUAAAAUUUUUUUAAUCGACAACGAUAUAUAUAUAUAUAUAUGUCAGUAAUGUAGAGGAAUUUUUGUACUAUCUCAUCAAAUCACACUCGUGACUAUGCUCAUUGUACGAAGAGAGAAAUACGACAAAGCAAAAAAGAACGUGAAUACAAAGCUUUCGUUAAACAGCGCGAUUUCUACUGCGAGAACGCCUUCGCGAGCGUAAAUUCGUUAUCAUACAUUAAUUCGUUAUACAUCGGCGAGCGUCGAUGCGCGAUUUAGGUGCGUCUAAACCUUGUACCAAAAGACUGGAAGAACGUGAAAAUUCCGAGAAUUCCUCCCGCAAGAGAAUCAAACGCGUGCGAUAAAUUAGCAAUUCGGCACAAGAGUUUUUUUUACCAAGAGGAAUAUUCACAAAGAGGAUCUUUUUUUACGGCGCGUAUCAUGAAAACCGGCUGUUAAAGGCGAGUGAUUCCGCCGCUUUACCAAAAAUAGAACAACGACGUAUCAACUCUCUCCCCCUCGAAACUUCGAAUCUCUCGUACGAGAAGACUGAUUUUUUAACCUUUUGAAAUUUCCUUCGUAUUUCCGAGACCCAUCUACUCGUAUCGUACAUGGCACGACACACAUUUUAUUUUUUCUUUUUUGUAAAUAACGCAAGACACACAUCGCGGCAUAACGAUACAGAUAUGUAUCCAUGAAAUUCUUUAUAGUGCUGCGUAAGCAAUAUUAUACUUAUUCGUAUCGAUAGUUCUAAUGAUCAGCACUAAUGUAAUUAAGGAAGAACGCGGAUUUGCGUAAGAAGCUCACAUCGUCGUCCUUAAAAUAUCGCGAUAGAGAAGAUUUUGCGAACGAUUGUGAUUUAGCCUCCUCGAUUUUGAUAAUAUCACGUUACGAGGCAGAUUUGCGACACUCGAAAGAGUACAUUCGAAUUCUUGAAUUGUGGAAGACUAAGUGUGAUUCCUGCCAAACAAAAAUAAAAGAAAGAAAUAAUUGAUUCCAAGUUGCCAAAUGUUAAUUGUGUAUCAAAUAUCGUGAAAAAUCGGUUUAUUGUAUAUAGAUAGAAGAUAUAUACAUAUUAGCAUUCUCUAUUAUAGUUUAGGCUUUCGGUUAAUAAAAGUAAGGCUGUAAAUCAA